GACCUGAGAGACCUAGGGAUAGGGAGUGACUGCUGCAGCCCAACCCCAUCCCAGAGAACCAAGGGACAGAGAGAGACAACAGCCCAGCACCAGGGACAGACCACAGCCCCAGAUCACAGCACCAAGGACAAAGAGAGACGACAGCCACAGACCAGGACCAGAGCACCCAGGGACAGGGAGAGACUAGUUCCAGAGAUGGCCUCGGCCGGCCUUGAGAUUCUGGGUAUGAUCCUUUGUGUGUCAGGUUGGCUAGGGGUCAUGGUGGCCUGUGGCCUGCCAAUGUGGAGAGUAGCUGCCUACAUUGGCCAGAACAUCGUCAUCUCUCAAGUGGUCUGGGAGGGCCUGUGGAUGAACUGUUCUGUCCAGAGCACGGGCCAGAUGCACUGCAAAGUCCACGACUCCAUGCUUGGACUCCCUGUGGACCUACAGGCGGCCCGUGCCCUGGUCAUUGUCUCUAUGGUGCUGUGCAUCAUGGGCAUCGGCCUGUCUGUAGCCGGGGCCAAGUGCACCAACUGCAGCUCGGACACGGGCAGCAAGCCUCGCAUGGUGCUGGGGGCCGGGGUGACCUUCAUCGUGGCGGGGCUGUUGCUGCUGACGGCCAUAUCGUGGACGGCUAACACCAUCGUCUUGGACUUCUACGACCCGAUGCUGGAGGAGACGGGAAAGAGGGAUUCACUCUUUACUGUGCUGAGAGCUGGAAGGGAGAUGCUCUGCAGACCACUCGGCUUUUUGGCGUUAGUGGGGAUCGCUCAAUGCGUCUUAGGAUGGAUCAUUGCCAUCGUGUCCUGCACCCUGCCCAUGUGGCGAGUAACGGCCUUCAUCAGCAGCAACAUCGUCACGGCUCAGAUAAUCUGGGAGGGUCUGUGGAUGACCUGUGUGGUCCAGAGCACAAGCCAGAUGCAGUGUAAGGUCUAUGACUCCAUGCUGGCCCUCUCCCAGGACCUCCAGGCCACCAGGGCCCUCACGGUCAUCUCUAUCCUCCUGGCCAUCCUGGCCGUGCUCAUCACCAUCGCCGGGGCCAAGUGCACCAACUGCAUCGAAGAUGAGGCGUCCAAAGCUAAAGUCAUGAUCAUCUCUGGGGUGUUCUUCAUCGUGUCGGGAUUCAUGCAGCUGAUCCCAGUGUCCUGGUUGGCCAACACUAUCAUCAGGGACUUUUACAACCCUCUGCUGACUGAUGCUCAGCGCAGAGAGCUAGGGGCAGCGCUCUACAUUGGCUGGGGGGCCUCAGCCCUCAUGAUCCUCAGCGGAAGCCUCCUCUGCUGCUCCUGUCCCCCUCGGAAGUACAACCCCUCACGGAUUGCAUACUCUGCCCCACGCUCUGCCCCAGGUGGGUCCGGGUUCGAGAGAAAAUACUAUGUGUGA